UCCGGGGGAGUGUUGCUGCCACUGACGACAUCGACGCACUUUUCACACCAUCCCACAAGCAGCUGCUUAUCAUUUGGUUUGUUCUUUUCGCUUCGCCUUUUCGCUAACCAGCUUCAGUUAGCCUAACUAACUAAACUACUAACCCGAUGGCAAAAUGCUGUCCUACGACCUCAACGAACGCCUGCUAACCGCCGUCCAGAGCGGAGAUUUCGAGCAGGCUCUGGGCUGCAUCAUGCAAGGUGCCCAGGCCUCGUAUGUAUCGCCCACUUGCGGACGCACUGCCGUGGGCACGGCGGCCAUCCUGGGCGAUGCCGAGCUGUUGGAGCUGCUGCUUCAAUCCUGCGAGGAGCCCGAGCUGAAUGUCUUUCAUCAGUCGAACACGGAUAGCCUCGAGAUCGAGCGGACGCCCGAGGGUAUGGAGAAACUGGAGUGGGUGGAUGAGUUCGAGAAUAGUGCGGAGAAUGGAGCGGUCAGCGGCGAAGAGGAUAGCCAGUUGUAUCGGUAUUAUGCGAAAACCUUCGAAACCACCGGAGAGUUCAUAUCAUCCCAGUGCUGUGUCUCCUGUCGCGAACAUGAUCCGCAUCUCUACGAUGCCGAGGUGGCCACUCCGCUGCACUACGCCGCCUGCUGGGGCCACGAGGAGUGUGUGCGCAUCCUGUUGGAACACAACGCACCCGUCAAUGUCGUCAAUAACGAUGGAUACGCGCCGCUCCAUAUGGGUGCCGGUUUCGCCGGUGUCACCGAGCUACUGAUCAAGCACGGAGCCUUGGUGAAUGCCAAAACCCUGAGUGAUGGCAAGACCGCUCUUCAUGUGGCCAUCGAAAGCAAGUGUGUGGAAUCUGCCCGUCUACUGCUCCAAACGAACAUCAACAUCAAUGACACGGAUGAUGAUGGCGAGACGCCUCUGAUGGCGGCCAUCGCCUGCAGCAUGUUGGACGUAGCUGAAGAGCUGGUGAAGCGAGGUGCUCGCAUCAAUAUCCAGGACAAGCAGAACCACACGGCCUUGCAGUACGCGGUGAGGGGUCGUCACUGCCAGAUGGCCAAGUUGCUCUUAGAGCGCGGAGCACGGCGCCUGGCCUCCCAACACCUGCUUCAUCUCGCCGUUGAGUCCGACGUGACGGAACUGGUGGAGCUCCUGCUGCAGUACGGCGAGAGUUUGUCCGUAAGGAAUCCCAAUAACUACACACCCAUCAUGCUGGCCAUCCAUCUGGGGCGUCACGAAAUGCUGGAGUAUCUGCUGAACGCGGCUGAGGAACAGCGCAAGCUCGGACUCUACUCGGAUGGCAACGAUGAGGGCUUGGUUCUGUUUGCCGUGCAGCAGAGAGUAUGGGUUAAGGAGUUUAGCCGCAUACUGCGUGUAUUGCUCGCCAAACUGCCCAGCGCUCGUAAGGAUUUCUAUGGCUCCUGUGCUCCGACAAUCGUUUGUGGCCUGAUUUACUGUCAAUCUCCGUUGUCCAGGGCCAUCAACCUGAACCGCCUGGAGGUGGCCGAAUUCCUCAUCCACGAGGGCUGCAAUCUGGCGCAGAUUUGCCGGUCGCAUGUGGUGAAUGAGCUCAGAUCCAAUUGCACACCAACAAGAUUGGCCUUUGCCAGGUUGCUAUGUAACGCUGGCUUCCAGUUUCCGCACAAGCACCGACCGCUGCGCAAGGACUGGCCACCAGCGCGGCUGGAAUUCGAGCGGGAAAUGUGUUUGUUUGGCACCCAGCCACGCUCCUUGCAGACCAUCGCUCGCCUGGAGAUUCGUCGGAGUAUCCUGAGAUGCCUGCAAACGCGGCCGGAGGUGCAGGAAAGAUAUCUUCCCACUCAGGAGCGGUCAUCGCUGGGCAGGAUCGUGGAUGAGUUCGCCAUACCCGCCACUUUGAAACGCUACCUCAGCGACUUUGACGAACUGCAGAUGGUGCGGGGUAUGGAGCCGGUCGAUAUACCUGUUGUUAGAUGCACUGAGUUUUGGGAUUGAUUGCGCUUUAGGUAUUUAUUCAGAUUAUAUAGGUUUUAUAUGUUUGCUAUAAUGAUAGGUAGCGUAUAGUUUUUGUAAAUUGGCGACGAGUGUGUAGGAAGGUUGUGUAAUAGUUUCCUUAAUUUCAAUUUCAACACCAAAUUGAUUAACAACUUCGAUACACGGACUCUAAUGUGAUAUUAAUUUUCUUACGAUGUAUUACAAAUUUUGAACAGAACUUUCACGCUAAUCUCGCCUUUUUCAAAACGAGUUUCGUGUGCACAUCCUGUUGGGCACAGAGUUUUCAUUGUUUGACUAAAUUACUUGCACAUUUUAUGUUUACUAGGCAUGUAUAUAGUCUAUAUAGAUGAUUUAAACGAUAUAUGUAUCCACUAGGUUAAUUUGACUACGCAAACGUUAAGAUUACUUUUCCCAUAUACAAUCGAUCUCGCACACAAUGCAAGCAAACAAGGACGUAUGCAAUUUCUAAGUAGGAUUUUACAACGAUAUCGGGUGCAAUUUUAUAGAAAACGUGUUAA